AUCCAGCGAUCGAGUGCGAGCCGAGCAACACAGCCACACACCGACGGCGACGGGCGCUUCAUCGAUAACAACUUCGUCGUUCGUUCGCAUCGCUCGCUCGUGGCUGGGACACAUCUGUCAAAGUUGUUGUUCGAUCAAAAUUUCAUUCAUUCCAAUUUCGUCACCACGUCGUCAGGACAGGACGUUCCGAUCUUUGGAGAUCUUGUCUCCCCGAAGCUUGUCGCGGCACUGUGGAAGUGUAUAGUGGGUUCCCGAAAGUGCCCAAUUUGGUGUUUGAACAGUCUAUCGGAUUCGAUUCUGUUAGUGGUGCUGUGCCUUUUCCGUGUUCGGUGUGAAGUGCGUGUAAAUAUUAGCCCAACUCGACAAGGCCUUUGAUAAGUACCUUUAGUUACAAGCCCUGCUGCAGAGCGAUCGAAUUCUUAGCAGGAGGAUGCUUCGGUGUUGAAACGGAGUUUCAAUAAGUUCCAUACAGUAGCAGCAGAUUGGUCAGUAGCAAUUGUGACUCGCGGCGGGAGGGUGUCGUUAAGUAACCCAAGAUGACAUCAUCCAGCAACGGGCCGGGUGGCAGAGCGGGUUUGCGUCAGGCGGACGACGACCGUGUGGAGUGCCAGAAAAAGUUCCACCAGGUUCUGGAGGCACUUUUAAAUCACAGCUUCACGAUCAACAACGAUGUCUAUCUGGAAAUGAUCGGGUCCCAUCUGUCCGGGAAGUACGACAGUGAACAUAGGAAGCUGCUGAAGUCACCGGAAGUGCACAAAUGGCUCGCCAAAGCACUGGAACAAUGGGAGAGCGAAACGCCGCCGUCGCCGGAUGUGGCCGCGUUUACACUGCAGGUCUUGGCCCUGAUCGUGGAGGAUGAGUGGGAAUUUGCCAAGGUUCAGAACGCAAGGAUGCUGGAUCGGUUUCAGGAUUGUAUCCAGAAGCAGAGCAGGUUACAACACGCCUCGGUCCGUUUAGGACACGUGCUCGUAUUGAAGGCCAUUUCCAAGCACACGAUGGGACUCAGCUGGAUCAAGUUCUCCGAUUCGUGGAAGAUCUGCCUGGACUACUACAACGGCCAGAUGCAAACUAUUUUCAUACUGAAAGAAACGUCGCUCUUUAUGUACGAGGUUUUGGAACGGUUCGGUAUGAUUGGAGACUAUGACCUGGUGAAGGAGAUCGUCCGGUGCAUCAUAUCGCCACUGCUGGACCGGCAGUGGAAGAAGCAAAUUUCCGACAGUGAGCAUACCGUGCUGGUGGACGAUGAGCAAUCUCAGCGAGUGGUGACUUCAAUGAUGAAUCUGAUGUGUACGAUAUUCCGAAAAAUAUUGGAGAAGAAGAAGAGAAUCCGAGCGGCAUACUAUCUUCUGAUUACGUUCAAAUUCGAAAGGAAUCUCUGGGUUUUCGCCGAUACCAUACAAGACCACAGCUACCUGACGAAACUCUGGGAGACUCACAUCUUGGCCAACUGCACUCGCCUUGGCUGCAUGGAUAUCCCUGCGGAGGACACUGAAACCAUCGAUCUGCCUUUCGAGAAGUACACCAUCAACUUCCUGAACUAUGUAACGUUUUCCAUUCGACGGGGAAGCGUCCACAAUGUUAUGAUGAUGGGCCAAAUGCAUCACCACGCUUGGCGUCUCCUUGGCGAUCUUGCACCGGAAGAAGUGGUCCUCAAAAAUCAGAACAUCAAAUUCGGAGAUCAAAUCCUCCUGCUCCUGCUGUUUCCUGUAGUCUACGAAACAAAAACAAUGACCCCUAAGCAUCCCUCGAACUACAUCGAGCAGUUCUGCAUGAAGCUGUACGACAUCUCGUGCGAGUUCACCGUUCGGCUGAUGUACGCCUGCCGGGACAUCUUCCAGGCGUACAACAUGAACGUCACCGAUUUGGCCAUCAAGUCCAUCCAGGGCAUUGCUUCGCUGCACACCCUGCCCCGGUCGCGGGCCAUCAUCGCCUUUCAGGCGUUCAUUCUGGUGCUGAAGGAGUUCCUGCCGGAUCAGUGCUUCCUGCAGAACCAGAGCGACUUCUCCAAAACCGAUCUGAUCCUGUCGAAACCGAACCUGCUGGCGGCGAUCAUCAAUGCCCUGCACUCGUUGAUCCAGCAUUUCAAGAUCACCUGGAAGGAGUGCAUCGAAUCUGCCACGUUGGUCAACUUUAUGCUGAAUCUUCUGGGCAAUCCGAAUCUGCCGCCGAGGCACGUAGUCCUGGCGCUCAAACUGACCCAGCUGUCGAUUGAACACGGCCUGUCGCCCAACUUGGCCCUUCUCAUGGACAAUAUCCAGGGAUCCGGACUGGAGUUUGUCGGCCGCAUCAUUUACAAACGGUUGCACGAUAGCAACUGGGAGGUGCGCGAUUCGUCUCUAGAGCUUCUGGCGUCGAUAGUUGAAAUCUCCGAAAUCAAAUUUCCAUCCUUCCAGAAGCACAUUCUAGAUUGCGAUAUUAUUCCGGUGGUGGUGGCGGCGGCCAAAAACGAUUCCGAACCGUACGUGCGGGCAUCGGCGCUGCGUUGCAUUACGCUCAUGGUCAAAAUCCGGUUGCUGUGGGAACACUCGCUGGCGCAGUCCAACCUGAUGAACCAUCUGAUCACGGUGUUCGACAACGAGAGCGAAGGCGUUGUCCGCCGCGAAGCGGUCAACACGGUCCGCGAGAUCUAUUCCAACCACAAAAUCUACUCGCAAUGUCUGGACAGCGUGUUCUCGGUGUUGGCCUUUGCCACCGUCAACGACCUCUACUGGGAGGUAAAACUGAACGCCCUAAUGUUCUGGCAGGUGGUCAUCUGUCGCCAGUUCCAGUACCAGGGUAUGAUCGAUGGGACCUUCCCCACGGUGACGUUCUCCAAGGAACACAAGAAGAUCAUCACCCUGACGAACAACGAAAUCCUGCUGCGGUUGCGGAAGGUUCUGAACGAACUCUCGCUCCGCGGCUGCUUGGGAGUGCUCCUGGCCGGCCUGGACGAUAAGUGCGACCUGGCGGUGCUGAAGAAAACCAUCGAAAUGAUCCGGUGGCUUAUGGACAUGCUGAACAAGUAUAACUACAUCGAGGAGUACAAAAAUGUGGCGAACGGCAGUCGCAAGCGCCGAAGUACCACCGUUCCCGUAAUGGACACAAACUAUUCGGAGCACGCGAAUGAGGCGAGUCCACUACAAUCGCAGCGGAACGAUGCCGACUAUAGUAGCGGAAAUGUCCCCUGCCGGAUCAGCUCCGACGAGAUCAUCGACGCGAUCGUGAACCUGGACGAUGUCAACCUGCUGUCGAUCAACUACAAAAACAGUAUGAAGGUCGCCGGAAUGGGACCCGGAGGAUCGUCCGGGUCCGGCUCCGGUUCCGGCACAGACGGAGGGGAUUCGUGCGGUUGCGAGUUCAGCAAGGUGCAUGACGAUCUGUUCAAACAGUAUGCCAAAGUGACGCCGGAUGAUUUUCUGGCCAGGGUAAGCGCCGUGGACUUUGACGAACUGAUUCGAAGUCGGGAACGGUGGAUGCAGAAAACGGAGAGCUUUGGGUCGCUGUUGGACGAUGUGCUGUUUUCGUACUACGCGACCGAGGUUAACGAUGCCGAUUGCUACUGAACGGAAGAGCACGGAGGUAAGUUUUGAAUUAUUUCUUGAUUAUUUCGAAAUAUGGCAGGAAUUUAUUACCUAAUGAAAGUUAAGAGACACAUCAGUUUAGGUAUUCUAUAGAAUAGGAUCAGCACGGCGGAGAGCAGAUUGGCUACAAAUCCGAUGUGAUAAGGUGUUUUUGUUUGCUCAUUUUUCACUGUUGAAUUUGAAUAUUUUUUGUUUAGUUUAGAUUUCUGUGACAUCACACACAAAGCAGAUGUCUAGUAUUUAGUGAGAUUCAAAGGUUUUUACAAAGUACCUCUAGACAAGUAUAAUGAUGUUCUGAAAAUAGAGAGUAUCGAAUUUGAUAUUUUUGCAAGAAAACGUAUUAUACCUAUGCUGUGUAAGCUAGUUGGUUUAGAA